CCUUCCUUGUGCUGUCUCCGUGUUUUUCAGGUUUUAAACCCAACAAUGACUAAAUGUACUGAGUUGCCACUAUGUGAUUAACUCUUAAGCUAUUUGUGUUAACAAGCAAUUGAACAGGUGUACCUAAUAAAAUGACCUGUGAGUGUAUGCAUAUAAUACAGUGUUGUGAUAAUAUAGUGGAAGCAAAUGCCGAAACGGCUGUAGAAAUAGGACCCAGGAAAUACAAACAUCUUCAAAUAAUUAUCAUCCAAAAAGUAAGAGUAGGUGUAAAUGUCUAUUCCAUGCUGUAACUAACAGCAACCGCCUGAAUUCUAAGUUCCGGCAAAGAUUUUACAUUCAGCUCUGAUCUGACGAGCACAACUGCAGGACCAAGAAAAAGACACGACUGUGUGUUCAGCUGAUGUGCAACAGAUAUGAGUGAAACUCUGAGGACUGGGAAUAUUUAAGCUGCACUGUGCGGCUACAUUAUUGUGAAAUAUGUUGAGUAUAAUGUAGAUGAGAUUCAAAUACCCGACCUUAAAGGACAACAUGAUGCAAAAGUGAAAUUAAACUGGAAGUGAAAUAACCAUGAAUCAAUCUCUCUAAGUGCUCGUAGUGUUACUGUGUGACAUUAGUGUAAACUUGAAACUGUUAAAUGACAAUGCCAAGGUACAUAAAGCUAUUUGCUAAAGAACACUGAGAUUUCCCAUUUUCUGGCCGUGCUUACUUUGGCAUCAUACAUUAAUAUUCCCACAAACUACAUCAACUUCAACUAAUCUGCAAAUUACACUCUUCAGAAAAUUGUUGCUUUUAAUCUCAAUGUCGUCAUUAGCAAAGGAAGUUAUUGACACUGAGGAUCGCUCCACAACUGGGAACUGGAAGAUUUGACAUGAAAUUAUUGUUGUGUAGGGAACACCACAUGACCUCAUCUCAGAGGAGAAGAAAAGUAAAGGUAUAAAAGCAGCUCAGUGCAGUAAACCUUACUGAAUGUCAACUCUUUUGAUGCAUCUGUGUCAGCAUGAAAAAUUUCUCAAAAGUGACAUCUUUUUAUCUGACUGAAUACUAUGGACUGGAAGACCUGAAGGCGGUUUACUUCUGCAUUUUCAUGGUUAUAUAUGUUGCCAUCAUUGCUGAAAAUGUUGUAUUAAUUGGAGUCAUUUAUCGUGAGAAAAGCCUGCAUGAGCCAAUGUAUGUGCUGCUGUGUAACCUGGCUGUGAACAGCUUGUACGGAGGCACCGUCUUGCUGCCGGCGCUGCUGGUCAACCUGCUGUCACAGACACAUGAGAUAUCUCUGUAUUUCUGCCAGACUCAGGUCUAUGCUAUACACACAUAUGCAAUCACUGAAUUCACUAUUCUAGCAGUGAUGAGCUAUGACAGAUAUGUGGCCAUUUGUCAUCCCCUGUCUUAUCAUACAAUCAUGUCACAGAGAGUUGUUAAACUCAUUGUUCUCAUGUGGCUCUACCCCAUGCUGGCAUUUCUCAUUGUUUUAUUUUUCACUCUUCAGCUGCCAUACUGUGGGAGAACCAUAGAAAAGUUGUACUGUAUAAACUACUUACUGGUAAGACUUGCAUGCACAGACACUUUUAUUGCAAACAUUGUUGGUUUAUUAACUGUAGCUCUGUAUACAGCUCCGCAGCUGGUCAUGAUCUUUUACUCAUAUGGACACAUCCUGAGAAUAUGUUAUUUGUCAUUCAGUAAAUCUAAAUUCAAAGCCCUGCGGACCAGCACCCCUCACCUACUAGCAAUACUUAACUACUCUUUUGGGUGCUUUUUUGAAAUAGCACAAGGUCGAUUUGACAGUAGUCACCUGUCUUACCAAACCAAGUUGUUUUUGUCCCUGUACUUUCUGAUAUUCCCUCCCCUCCUUAAUCCAGUGAUCUAUGGUUUGAGUAUUGGACUCAUCAGGGCGCGACUCUUUAGUCUGCUCAGCAGAAAAAGCAGGCAAGUUCAAAUGAUGUAGCCAAGCUGUGAUGUUGCUGUGCAGUAAGAGUGUGUCUUGCAUGGUGCUGUGAAGCCCCUGAGAACACAUGACAAGCAGAAUGUCCUGUUUCCUCGCGUUGUUUAAUCACAUUUGCGCUCUCAUUUACUUUAACUAGACCAGCCGGUGCCGAGGAAAACAGCUGAAUUCAUGUCAUGCCACAGUGAAUUCCUGGUGACUUUCAGCCUCUUUGUUUGUUCCGCCUCCCGUAACCAGAUCACAGAGCAGAAAUGAUGUGCUUAUUUUUUAUCUGUGGGACUUUUACACACAGCUGUUAACAUAGUUACUAAAACUGUUCAAUGUCAAACAGUAAAAUAGAAGAGGGAAAUGUGAAAAUUUGAUUCAAGAAUAUGUGAUACACAUGAUGUGAAGUAUGACUGCUGUUUGUAUUAUUUGGACCAGUCAAUAAAAAUCUACUGUUUUGUGUUUAAAUCUGAAUUUGUAGGGCAGUGAUUUCUUUCAGUGUAUGUCAUCCUCUUUGAAUUUUGCAUAGAUUUAUACACUCUCUUCCUGUUCAUUAAAUACUUUGGAUGCCACAGUGAGCUGAAAACACAAAUUCAUUUUCACCUAAGCUCUAUUAUGUGCUUGGUUUUGCAAUAACUGAAAUCUUAUAUAUGUAAUUUAAAAGAGAAAAUUCUAAUCUGCAGAAAUCCUGUGCAUAAUUUACAACAGUAACUAAAGCACAAAUAUUGAUAGAUUGAUAUUUUCCUCACCAUCAACACAUUCAUAAGGGUGAUUAAAAAACAAAUAAUUUAGAUUUGUUGAUAUAAACUAAAGAAUUAGAUGUUUGCAUUACAUGUGAAACAAAUGAUUAAACAGAUUAAUUUAUUUGACAGUGACUGUGCGCAGUCACAUCAUACGGCUGAUGAUGCAAUGGUUUGCAUGCAGUUGAAAUAAUAAUCUUUCACACAAACAAUGAAAAGCAAAUAUACAAAUGCACUUAAUUAUGUGUGCUGAUACAAUAGCAACAUUAUUACUGUGUA